AUGCCUCGCAGCUCCACACGCGCUUGUCUUCCCCCACCACCCCCAACACGCGUGGAGUCUGUCCUGCGUGCAAAGACUCAGACACCCUCACCCUACGGUGAUGACUACCAUAAGGUGGUGGGUGACCACUGCUCCGGUGGCGGUACCCCGAUUCAUUGUGCCGACGCUGGCGGCUAUCAGGUCUGGCCUUCUGGAGUCGCUUCUCUUUUUGCCACAUCUCCGCCCGCAACACCGAGGGAGAAGGAGGAUCACGUAGAGAUUGUUGCGUGA